GCAGUUGUCUCUUCAUUAAGGACUGAAAGACGGACUGCAUUGUUAGCACUACAUACUGAACUGAUAGUAUCAAGGAGCUUACAUGCACAUCAACAAUCAAAUCAAGGCAACACUGAGGAAUACAGUUACUGUUCACCAUACGAGGGAGGACACUUUAUUAUACAUGAUGGGAGCAGCACGUGUGAAGCGGCGCUUCAGUGCUGUGGUUGAUGGGCCAGUGGAGGAGGAGGAGGUCAUGAGGCUGGCACAGAGUGCUGCCGAUACGGCUUGGGCAGGGGGGAGUCCAACGGGGUCAGCGACCCCAACCAGCCUAUCCCCGACCCAUGCCCUAAACGGCAUACCUCUACCACUCCAGAGCAACACCAACAAUGUACGGAGGCAGAGUGCCAUUGGAGUCGGGGGAGAUGCAGGAGAAGGCGGGGUGAGAGCAGGAGGAAUGUGCUCGGCACUAAGGAGUGCAAGAGGCAGUAGUGUAGGGGGAAGAGGAAAGGUCCGUUCAUCCUCGGACCAAGAAUCGCUCUCUUCCCCCUCCACUACCAACCGCCGGCGAACCAGGCGCUCCAGCCGCAGGCCCCGACAACGCUUUGUGGGCAAGGACGGACGCUGCAACGUCACCUUCGUCAACAUGAGCGAGAGGGGCCAGCGCUACCUCAGCGACCUCUUCACAACCUGUGUGGACAUCCGCUGGCGCUGGAUGCUUGUCAUCUUCACCCUCUCCUUCCUUCUCUCCUGGCUACUCUUUGGAUUUGUCUUCUGGCUCAUUGCCUCCAUGCAUGGGGACUUCUCCAUUCGGCUAACCCCCAGCUCAGGUUCCUCUCCAGGAUCAGGAGAGGCCGGGUCCGGAGGAGAGUCUGAUAGAGAGGCAGUGUUGGAGGAGAAAUGCUUCCUCCAGGUGAACAGCUUCAUGGCAGCCUUUCUAUUCUCCUUGGAGACGCAGACAUCCAUUGGUUACGGCUUCAGAAGUGUGACCGAAGAAUGUCCCCUGGCGGUGAUUGCGGUCAUUUUGCAGUGCAUUGUGGGCUGCAUUAUUGACGCCUUCAUCAUCGGGGCAGUUAUGGCAAAGAUUGCUAAGCCCAAGAAGCGCAACGAGACACUGGUUUUCUCUGAAACAGCUGUGGUGGCGAUGAGGGAUGGGAAACUCUGUAUGAUGUGGAGGGUCGGAAACCUACGCAAGAGCCACCUGGUAGAAGCACAUGUUCGAGCACAACUACUGAAGCCUCGGGUGACAGAAGAGGGAGAGUUCCUCCCGCUGGACAAUAUGGACAUCAACGUGGGUUUUGAUAACGGCACAGACCGCAUCUUCUUGGUCUCGCCAGUGACAAUAGUCCAUGAGAUUGAUGACGAGUCACCCUUCUUUGAGAUUGACCGAAAGACUCUGGAGAAUGAUUCUGAAUUGGAGGUGGUGGUCAUACUUGAGGGCAUGGUGGAGGCCACAGCCAUGACCACACAGUGCCGUAGCUCAUAUCUGGCUUCUGAAAUUACCUGGGGACACCGAUUCGAACCAGUGCUCUUCGAGAGGAAAGACUGCUACCAGGUGGACUACUCAUUCUUUCAUCGGACAUAUGAGAUCCCGGACACCCCUUCAUGCAGCGCUAAAGAGUUGGUCGAGCAGAAGUGCAUUCACGGCUCACGCUCGUCAUUCUGCUAUGAGAACGAAGUGGCUCUGGAGCUAAUCUCCUCCGAUAAAGAGCCUGGCAAAGACCCCGAGUGUCCAUCCUCUCCGACCAGAAGGCAAUCCCUGGCAGAACAUCUCCACUACAACUGAACCUGUAGGACAGGAGUCCUUAAGAGAAUAGAGGAGGAAGUUGACCCAGUGGCUUAAAAGACAGGCUCAUAGAGAGGGUAAGACGGGUAUAGGAAUGGGCCAACCAAGGAAAUGGGGUCAGUGUUGGGAUACAUCAUACGAAGUUGCAUUGUUUACUGCAAUUGGAGAGGUAAGGAAAGUCCAGAGCAGGAACAAGUCAAGUGAUCGCCUAGACAUUUAAAAAUGAUCAAGAUUGAGAUGAGUGCUACUAUACAGAUUAGAUACCUCAGAGACAUAUUAAGGAAAUGGACAGAUAGAGAGACAGUGGGAGGUUUUGAGCAUGGUUUUGAGUCACUCUUUUGGGGAGCAGGGUUACUACACUGGUUUAGUUGUCUAAUUGGUCCUGGCAAUCUUUCACGAUCAUUGAAAACGUGUUUGCCAAGACUAACAUCUGGCCCAUCACACCACAACACGCCCACCUGACUCUACUGCCUGUGUUGCACAAUAUACAAGAGCACCCCAUGGUGGCUCUACCAUGUAACUGCACCUCCAGUUUUGGGAUCUGCUGACAUUGCUGACCUCUGUUUUAGGUCCUUCUGUAUGAAAUGAAUGGAAGUGUACCUUCUGAGGUACAACUCAGGAAUGUAACCCACUAUGAUGCUGAUUUAUCAUUUAUACUGUUAUAUUUUCAUAUGGUAAGUAUGGAUAGUGUAUUAUUUUGUGAUACUUUGAGCUUGGGGGAGCUGUUGAGAAUAUAGUUGAGUUAAGGCUACUUGUAGAGGCAAAGCAGAGCUACAGCAUGGACAGGGAGAAACAGCUGAAAAGUAGCAGCAAUUUUGAGCAGUUUCUUUUCCAUGUCAUGUUCUUAUUUUUGGCUUUUUCUCCUAUUUGUAAUGCAAAAAAAAUGUCAACGAUUGUAACAUUUGCUUCAUUUAAUCCAACACUUGUGUUGAGUUGAAUGCCAUCUGGUCAGAGGAAUCAUUGUAGCUUUAAUCAUUUUCAAACAAUGACAGAUGAUGUUGUCCAGUUUAGUUCAUUAAUAUAGAUCUUUGACGUAACGAUGGGGAUCGUGGCUUGUCGUUCUUCGUCUUUGAGAAAUAGAGCCUCUUUCUAACAUCUGGACAAGUGGAUGUGGAUUGAACUGGAAAAUACACCAGAUUAAUAUAAAAGUAUUCAGUAUUUUUGUGCCCACUACAUUAAAUGACCCCCUACUCUAAUUCUUGGUUUCUCUAACAAAUUGUGAGAACAGUGUAGUGAGCGGUGCCUUCUUAACAAACCAGAGAUUUUGCAACUGGCUCUUCAUCUGCAGCAGUUGAUGUUAUGUUAAUAUGAAAUGUGCUUAAAGCUUAUGUGUGUAUUUGCAUAAUGCUUCUAAUGCAUGAAUGUUUUUUCAAUCACUUUGCAGGAUGUUGUUCUGAGUAGACAAAAAUGCCUAUUCUCUGCUAAGUGAUAGAGAAGUCUCAUUAUGAACAUAAACUGAGAACAUAAAGGGACUUUCAGAUGUAUUGUAUUGGAGACUGAUGUAUUUAUUUGUUUGCACUUUGUAGUUAUAUUGCAAAACACUUGGAAUGCUCUUGUUUAUUUUAGAUCUUGUAACCACCAGAGUUUUUAAGUAUUUGAUUACAGAAUGUGUUGGUUAAGGUAACUCAGUGUCAGGAGGACUAAACAUGAUAUUAAAUGUUGACCAAUAAUCAGCCUGUCCAACGCACAUCCUGGGAACUUGUUCUUUGCACAAAAGUAGUGGGCUAUAUGGAGACUUGUAUCACUAAUCAAACAUCACAGUAGUGUUGCUGGAUCAGCACGUCAACCUCAAUGCAUCGGUCGCAAUGUUUCACUAUUAUUAUUGAAAGAUUCUUACCUCAGUGGGGUUUGAGGUGUUUAUAACAUAUUAACUUUUAAGAAUAGUGUUAAUGCUGUUUUAGGUUUGUGUCCUAUCUUACACCUCUCCUUCAUGGCUCCAUGUACUAUUUAUAGGAAGCGUGGUGGGUCAUGUCUCUCACCCUGCCUCCACUUGUAACUUGAACUUUCUGCACCAUCACUUUACGAUAGCGCUGUUCAAAACCCCAAUAACACAUAGGUUAUUCGGGUUAUUUCACUGGUUGAUUAGGAUUCAAUGCUCAAAGCUCACACUUUUUAUAUCAUAAGUAUGUAUAAUAUACACAGUGUAAAAGACAUGAUAUACAUUUUUAAUAAAUGAAUAAGAUGAAACAAAUAUAGGCUGUAGCUAGCUAGGUCAAUUUUAUAAAGAUAAAUGGAAACCUUUCUGCUUCACCACUGAAAUGUAAUUUCAAAACUGCCUCAGACA